GGGUGAACAGAGUGGUGGAUCUGUGUGCAGCCCCCGGCAGUUGGAGUCAAGUCCUUAGCCGGAAACUCAGGGGGCGGGAGGAGAAGGGUGAGGCGGUUGAGGAGGUGAAGAUUGUGGCGGUGGACCUGCAGGCCAUGGCUCCUCUGCCAGGAGUCACUCAGAUUCAAGGAGACAUCACAAAGGUGUCGACGGCCCAGGAGAUCAUUCGUCACUUCGAGGGACAGCCAGCCGACCUGGUGGUGUGUGACGGCGCUCCGGACGUGACGGGACUCCAUGACGUGGAUGAGUACAUCCAAGCUCAGCUCCUACUGGCAGCUCUGAACAUCACCACUCACGUCCUGAAAGCUGGAGGCACGUUUGUGGCCAAGAUCUUCCGUGGUAAAGAUGUGACUCUGCUGUACUCUCAGCUGAAGCUCUUCUUCGGCUGUGUGACUUGUGCAAAGCCUCGCAGCAGCAGGAACUCAAGCAUCGAGGCAUUUGUGGUGUGUCAGAAUUACUGUCCUCCUGAGGGUUAUGUCCCCAACAUGUCCAACCCUCUGCUGGACCAGUCCUACGAUGUGGACUUCAAUCAGUUAGAGGGUCCAAACCGUGUUAUUGUUCCCUUUUUGGCAUGUGGUGAUCUCAGUGCCUUUGACUCGGACAGAACGUACCCACUUCAGUGCCAGUUCUCUGCUUGUGUAUGA